GCCCCGCUGUGGCCGCGCCGCGCCGGGCCGGGCCGGGCCGGGCCGGGCCGCUGUGCGCUCCGCUCGGCUCCGCUCCGCUCCGGCGGGACGGCGGGGCCAUGGCCACGCUGCGCCGGGACGGCCGGGUCACCGCCCUGCAGCGCCUGGGCUGCGCGGGGCUGGCGGGCGCGCUGAGCCUCAGCCUGACGGCGCCGCUGGAGCUGCUGACGGUGCUGGCGCAGGUGGGCACCUGGCACUGCCGGCGGGGGCUGCGCCACGCCGGGCGCUGCCUGUGCCGCGCCGAGGGCGUGCGGGCCCUCUGGAAGGGGAACCUGACGGCCUGCCUGCGCCUGUGCCCCUACAGCGCCCUGCAGCUCGCCGCCUCCCGCCGUCUUGUCACCCUUUUCACGGACGAGCUGGGCCAUAUUUCCCACUGGAGAGCCAUCAUGGCAGGAAGCCUGGCUGGCAUGGUUGCCACCACCGUGACGUACCCCAGCGAUGUGAUCAAAACACGGCUCAUCGUGCAGAACCGCCUGGAACCAUCUUACCAGGGAAUUGUUCACGCUUUCUACAAGAUCUACCAUCAGGAGGGGCUCCGUGCGCUCUACCGUGGUGUGUCACCAGCAAUAUUAGGUGCUGUUCCGUUUUCUGCAGGCUCAUUCUUUGUUUACAUCAGUCUGGACACAAUCUGGCAAGAACCCAUAGUUCGUUUCACUCCUCUUCAGAACUUUGUAAAUGGCUGUGUAGCAGCUGCUGUGGCACAGACACUUUCUUUCCCCUUUGAGACUGUCAAGAGGAAGAUGCAGGCCCAGAGUCCUUGGCUUCCCCACUAUGGAGGAGUUGAUGUCCAUUUUACUGGCAUGGCUGACUGCUUCCGGCAAACUGUGAAGAACAAAGGUGUGCUUGGACUGUGGAGUGGCCUCACACCCAGUCUGCUCAAGAUUGUGCCAUACUUCGGUGUUAUGUUUAGCACCUUCGAAUUCUGCAAGCGGGUUUGUCUCUACAGAAAUGGUUAUAUUGAAUCUCCUUUAAAUUACAAGCUAACACCUGGGGUUGACCAGAGCUUACACCCACAAGAACUGAGAGAAUUAAAGCUCCUCCGAAGGGAAAGCCUUGAGCCCAGGAAAUCAGCACUUGAAAACUGACAUCAGAGUGUCCACUGCAGAUACACAAAUACCUUUGCAAGAAAGACAUGCUGAGCUACAGGUACUGACAUUUCAGUGGACUGCGUGGUUCUUGUAGUGAGACACCUGUGACAGGAAAGAAUAAAUCUGUAUUGUAUUUGC